UUUUUAUCUCGAAAUACCUGUCGAAAAAUUAAUAUAAAUCAGUUAAAUGGUUAGGUAGUGUAAAACCGUUCGUGAUCCUUGCCGCGCGAGUUCUAUCGCAAACGUUAACCCUAAUUAGCGUGUUUACAAUAAUACGAUUUUUGUGUUACCUUCAAAAUUCAAAUUAAUUAAAUUCAGUUCACCAGUGCAAAUUUGCCGGACCGUUAUUGCAUCGUUUGAAUUUAUUUUUCACCCAUCAUGGAUAUCGGCGAUGUUUCUUCCAGAACCAAUUUAUUGGGAAGUAACACCAUUUACAGGCCUACCGUAGUGCCCAAAAGGGUUCCUAGCACUCAUAGGCCUUAUACCAACGCUCCAUCAUCAAAUUGGUCCUCAUAUUUACCAUGGAACCAUCAACGAAAAUGGAAUGGACAACAUCAAAAGCUGGCCUCCCAGGAUACUCCGUGUAUUUCUGCGAGUACAACAGCCACGAAUCUAUCAACUCUUGGCGAUUUUCAAUCCACUUCCACUAUCUACAACAAUCCGGCUCGCAGAAUGAACUUGGAAGAAAAUCUAAGAAUGACUAUACCUGAAAUCCUUCCUCUGCAAGAUCAGAAGGAGAAGGAUGAACUUGCGCCUCCAGAAUUGCCUGAACAGAAUAAGCAGAAGAAAGUGCCGAUGGGACAGAUUAAAACGCAGUUAAUUACGGCAAUCGCAGUGUCUUGGGUUUCCAUGAUCAUUGGAUAUUGUUCAGCUUAUACUGCACCUGCUUCAAUUUCACUGGAAAGAGAUUUUCAUCUUGAUUCUUCAAAGUUCUCGUGGAUCACGAGUUUGAUGCCAUUGGGAGCUUUGGGAGGCGGCAUCCUUGGAGGCGUCUUAAUCGAAAAUUUAGGCAGAAAAUGGACCAUUCUGCUUACAGAUUUGCUAUUUUUUGUAGCAUUUCUUGUCAAUUAUUUUGCACAAGAUUACAUCUACAUGUAUGUGAGCAGAGUCAUCUCUGGUGCUAGCGUUGGUGUAUUAUCACUGACUUUACCUGUGUACUUAGCUGAAACCGUACAACCAGAAGUAAGAGGCACCUUGGGCUUGCUUCCAACUGCUUUUGGUAACAUCGGUAUCCUGCUUUGCUACUUAUUUGGUACCUUUUACGAAUGGCAAGCCCUCGCUUUGGUGGGAGUUAUUUUGUCCAUUCCAUUUGUGAUAGUAUUUUGGGUGAUAAAAGAAACCCCUAGGUUCCUAAUUUCAAGGGGUAAAGAAGAAGAAACCAAAAAAGCUCUGCAAUGGCUUCGUGGACCUCAAACAGAUAUAUUCAAAGAAUUACAUGAGUUAAAGAAGAGUUUCCAAGAAGAGUCUGAUAAUGAUGAAAGUGCUUGCGAUAGUCUAAAAGUUCUAUUUUCUGUUAAUAACUUAAAACUGAUGGGCAUAGUAUUGGGACUCAUGGCUUUUCAACAAUACAGCGGUAUUAAUGCAGUUAUUUUUUAUACCACCAAAAUCUUCAAAGAAUCCGGAUCAACUUUGGAUGAAGCUAUUUCCACUACAAUUGUAGGAGUUGUUAACUUUGUAUCAACCUUUAUAGCAGCUGCAUUAAUAGACAAACUUGGCAGAAAAGUUUUACUAUACAUCUCUGCAGUAUCAAUGAUCAUCUCACUUGCCACACUUGGAACUUACUUUUUCCUAAAAGAUGUCACAGAUGUUGAUGUUAAACCUCUGGGAUUCUUGCCAUUGGCCAGUUUUAUUGUCUACGUUUUAGGAUUUUCCUUAGGAUUCGGGCCAAUUCCUUGGUUAAUGAUGGGAGAGAUAUUGCCCGCUAAAAUUAGAGGAACUGCAGCUUCAGUGGCAACAGGUUUUAACUGGACCUGCACAUUUAUUGUCACUAAAGUUUUCCCAUUACUUAUCGAUUCAAUUGGAUUCCACUACACCUUCUGGCUAUUUGGCAUUAUCGUAUUCAUGUCACUUAUUUUCACUAUUUUCUUUGUACCCGAAACCAGAGGCCAAAGUUUGGCUGACAUAGAAAGAAAACUGGCCGGUAUUAAAGUGAGAAGAAUGAGUUCCGUAGCUAAUUUAAAACCAAUGCCAUCUAGUUUUUAAGUGAUUGACUGAUAUUAUGCUGUAGGGUAGGAGUUUUAUUUAUGAAUCUCAUUUCCAAUAAAUUCAAUUUUUUUGGCAUUUGUAAAACUAAAAUGUAUGCUUCGAAAUAUUUUUUUUCGGAAUCGCAAUAAAAGAGUCCAUUUAAUAUUUAAGUUUAAUAUUGUAU